UAGUAACGUACAGGAUCAAUAACAGAGCACUUUUGUAAACAGGAUGUAAAUUCAAUGAUGCCGAAUAUUUACCUAUCCUAAUGGCGACAGGAUUUUGAAGGAAGUUUAAUAUUUUUGGGGAAUGUAAGCAAUGGCGACAUACAAAGUAUUGAUGUUUAUUACGUUAUGCGGAGCAACUGGUUCUAUAUCUCCAUGCAAUGACGUUUCAGACAUAUGCUCAUCGGCAAAUUCUUCAACACUGCCUGAAGAUUACUCACGAUCACAAAACUGCAUUUAUAACUCAACGUAUAAAUUAAGUGAUCAAAACCUAAACCAACAGUGGUACAAGUCUAACAUAAGCAUGCCUACACGCUGUCCUGGUUUAUUAGAGUGUGGGGCUGUCUAUCCAUUGUGGUUGAAUGGAACUAUACCGGAAGAAUCAGAUGGUGCUGUUAAUAGAACUGUGUGUAGACGUGGGAGAACGCAUUGCUGUGAAAAAACUUAUGAUAUUAGAAUCCAAAACUGCAGCUCAUUUAUUGCUUACUGCUUAUUACCAGUAACGGAAAGGGACGAAAGAUAUUGCUUCGGGCAAAAUGGAACCUGUCUCGCUCCUCCAACUCCAAAAACCAACAGCUCCAGUCAAAACGGAGAGGGUCUAUGGAGGAUUAUCCACUACAACACUGGCUGUAAGUUUAUUGUUUCUUUAAAAUAUGUCAUAAUGAUCAUGAAAUUACUUUUGAAAUACUUUACUUUGUAA